AUGUCCUCAGACAAGCGAACUUCGGGUGCUAUGACCUUGUAUAUAGCCCACGGCACCGCUGUUCCGCAGAAGCUCCCACAGCCCUCGACUAUUAAGAUCUAUGAGAAUCCCCAAACCCAAGGAUUACCACUCGUUAUUGUCAAUGUCAUCUUCAUGGCUCUAAUCAGCUUGGCCGUGCCACUACGUCUCUACGAUCUUCNNGCUAUGGCCCUAGGUGUCGUCGUCAUCCUCGCCAACGUUCGCUAUCAGUGGAAUCGCCAUCUGUGGGACGUCGAGUUCACAAAGUUCCAAGCUGCAUCCAUAGUAGCACUCGCCUCGAAGCUGCUGUUCACAUUCGCUGGAGCCUUCGCACGCGCUUCUCUCAUUUGUUUCUACUUCCGCCUCAUUCAAGAUACUGGUUUCAGUACCUUCAAGUGUAUUCUUUGGGGCGCAUUCGUGUACAACAUCGCCAUCGGUAUUAUCUUUGUUAUUCUUGCGGUGUUCCUUUGCUCCCUAUUGGACUUGACGGUUACCCUGCUACCAGUGCCUAUCAUCAUGGGACUCAACAUGCCUUUCAAGCAACGACUGGGAGUAGUUGGGCUAUUGUCCUUGGGCCUGAUCGUCACCGUCGCCGGCGUCGUACGCACCUACUACAUCUGGAGAACACUGAUGAGCACCUACGACGAGACCUGGGAUUCAAUGCCGCUGUACAUCUGCGCAACGGUCGAGAUAGAUCUAGCCAUCCUCUGCGGAUGUGCACCCUCACUCAAGCCUCUUUUUGCUCCAAUGAUUGCCCACGUCAGCGAAAUGAUUAGUACAGUCACCGGAAGCGGUACCAACUCAUCUCGCGGCACCAAACUACACGACACUACCAUUACCCGAUCUACCGUUAUCUCGCAGCAUAACCGCAAGAAGUCUACCAGGGAUGGGGAACACGACAAAAUCUCGAUGCAUAACAUUGCUGUUGAGGGCCGUGUGAGCGAAGACAACGACGAAUCGAGUGAUCUAUAUCAUGGGAUCAGCAUGCCUGCCUCGCACUCCUCUACUGCAUUACGAGGACCUCAACGGUCACUCUCAGGCGCUUCGAGUCAACGAAACAUGCUUCCACACAACCGCGAUGGCAGCGCAAUGUCAAACUUGGACAGCCGAGCGGACAGCGAAAGCGACGACCACAUUCCAGAGAUUCAAGUGUUACCGCGAAGAAAGGGCUCUGAGCCUGACGUCGAGCUAGGCGCCUAUAACACGGACUGGCGUGUAAGCAAAGGUGUCAAAGCUGGUUGGAUCUGA